AAAUCCAAGAACCCAGUGAUCUUCAGCAUCUAAGCUUCAAAUCUUGUUGAGAACUUUCACCAUCAAAGAAACUGCAUAGUGCACUUGGAUGCUCAAAUCUUAAAAUAUUCGUUGCUCCGUGAAUCUAUAAUUCAUCAAUGAAAACACUCAAUCAGAUGUCUUGUUUCUAGGUCAACAUCCUUUGAAGCAUGAGUUCUUACCAGCAAAAGCAGCCCUUUGUCCCACCUCCUCAGCCUGAACAGCAUCAAGUGAAGCAACCUUGUCAGCCUCCACCACAAGGAAAAUUUGUUCCCAUAGCCACCUCUGAGCCAUGCCACACAGAUGUUCCACAACCAGGAAACACCAAGAUUCCAGAACCAUGCAGCACCAAAGUGCCUGAGCCAGGGAACACUGUUGUUCUUGAGCCAGAUUAUACUACGAUGCCUGGGCCAUGUUCUACAAACAUCACUGAGCCAGAUUAUACCACAAUUCCUGGGCCAUGCUCUACCAACAUCACAGAGCCAGAUUAUACUACAAUUCCUGGGCCAUGCUCUACCAACAUCCCUGGGCCAGAUCGUACCGUGGUUCCUGGAUCAUGCUCUACCAACAUCACAGAGCCAGAUUAUACCACAAUUCCUGGGCCAUCCUCUACCAAAAUCCCUGACCCAGGCUGUGCCAUGGUUCCUGGGCCCAGUCCUUCCAGUACUUCUGAGCCAAGCUCAGAACCAUGCUCUAUCAAUGUUCGUGAACCUGGCUACAUGAAUGCCUCAGAGCCCACCCAUGCCAAGGUUCCUGAUCAGGGCUACACCAAGAUACCUGACCAGGGAUCCUCUAAGGUACCAGAGCCAUGCCAGUCCAGGGUUCCUGAGGUGUGCCCCCCAACUGUCACCCCUGUAUCAGCUAAGCAGAAGACCAAGCAGAAGUAAUACAGUCCACAGCCAGCCAGACCCUUGAGGAGCUGACCACCUGCUGCUGAAGUCUUUCCUGUAAGCUCUGUGUCCCCAUUGUCUAGAGACCAUGUAACAAUAUGUUGCUACAGUCUCUAUUUGUAACCUAAAAUUGCAUGCUGUUAUGUCUUCUCCAUACCCUCUAAGGUGUCUCCAGAGCCUCUGAGUUAAGCAGAACUUCUUAGUGCCUUGAAUGCUCUCUGGGUACUCUAAGUUCAUCUGAAGCAGAAAUCUAUGGGAUUUUCUAUGGGAAAAAAAUGAUUGUUUCCCCAUUAAAUAAUUACUUUUAACUCCAC